UGUAAACUUUUUUUUUGACUCACACUGUAGAGGAAAAUAAAUGAUGCAGCCUUAUCUAAGAACUACCUCAAGAGCAGAAUUGUGUCAAAUCUAUAUUUUUACAAAUUUUAGAAUAUGCCUUUUUAUGCUGUGUAACUGGACGUAAAUUCCACAAUAUUAAACAAGAGGAAUGAAUAUAUUUAUAUUAUAGUGACUUUGUUUAUACAUUUGUUGUCACAAGUGGAAUCUUUAAAAAGCAUUUGUACAAAAUACAAUAUAUGAAUAAUAACCGCGAUCGAUAGUUACUCCAUAUGGCAUGAGUACGUCAGAGAUGCUACGUGAAGCUUGAGAAAAUUAUUUACAUACAUAUAUAUGACGUACAAUCUUUAAAUAGCUAACCGCAAUAUUAUUGUGCAUUUUUAUUUCACAAUAGGAUCUGCACAAAAGAAAAUGGAAGGCAGACAUGCGGAGUUUAUGACUUGCAGAAUGAAUCGCACCGUGUAAAUUGACAUACGGGCCAUAUGCAUACAAUAUUCGUUAAACGCAUGCAGAACUGUAAAAUGGCGAGCAUAGCAGAGAUCGUUAUUGGAUUAUUAUGCAUAACUACUGGGCUUGUUAACCAUGUUCAGAGUCAGAGUCAAUAUGACGUACGGCUUACGGAUGGUGAUCAAUACAACAAUGGUCGAGUGGAGAUCUACUAUAAUAAUGAAUGGGUGACAGUGUGUGAUUACAACUGGGGUGAUGAUGAGGCUCAAAUCGUAUGUCGCCAACUCGGAUACAACUCUGGGAAUGCAGUUGUUAGAUAUAAUGCUUAUUAUGGGCCAGGAUCGGGUAGCAUCUUUAACGUGUACUGCUCGUUUUUCUCUGAAUCAGGUCUAUCGGCAUGUUCCUUUAUUGAGUCUUCUUUCUACAGCUGUACUCAUGAUAAUGAUGCAGGAGUUGAGUGUGGUGAUGGAACAACAACAUCAACUUCUUUCUUCCCAAGUACUUCCAUCCGUCUUGUUGGUGGCGCAUCUGCAGAUGAGGGUCGAGUAGAAAUCUACUAUAACGGUGAAUGGGGUACCGUUUGUGAUGAUUCGUGGGACGAUAAUGAUGCUGAGGUUGUUUGUAGACAACUUGGAUUGUCAACAUACUCUGCAGUUGCCUGGACAAGUACCGGUAUUUACGGACGAGGGACUGGUCGUAUUCUUCUGGAUGAGGUUAAUUGUUAUGGUUACGAGUACUCCCUGACAGCCUGCUCAUCCAAUGGGUGGUAUAACACUGACUGUUCUCAUCAUGAAGACGCUGGUGUACGCUGUGGCCCAAUAACAUCACCACGUGUUAUUGGAACAAUGUCAUUCGUCGGGAUAUCUUUAUUCUUGCUACUCGUCAUCGGUAUUGUGGUGGUCUGUCGAGUUUGUAAUACCAAGCCGAUUCCUACACACAUCGCGUCGCAUGGUACAGAACUCACCACUAUCAACAAUGGAUCUACAACCACCAAUCAAUAUACUGCCAGUCCUUCUGCUGUGACCCAGGGAACCCCUAUCUCAUAUCUGCCCCCACCUGCUACCGCACCAUCCACAGUGACAGUGCUUCCUCCAGGAUAUUCGUCUCAAUCUCAAGCACCAGUUAACCCUUCACUGUCCCCCGGAGCUCGUAACCCAGAGACAGGUCAGUCCCAGUUUCCUGAAGAACAUGAAUACCUUGAAGUGAAUCCUGGAGUACCUCCACCAGACGGUGCAAAUACCUACCAAGAUCUAGACUUAACCCAUCAAGAAAGCUCUUAUCAAGAUCUUAACCAGUUUCCUGAAGAUAAUGAUUACCUUGAAGUGAAUCCUGGAACACCUCCACCAGACAGUACAAAUACCUACCAAGAUCUAGACUUAACCCAUCAAGAAAGCUCUUAUCAAGAUCUUAACCUUGCUUAGAAUAAGGUAGAAUUGUCCAUGAAACGAUGACCAACGAGAAUUGGGAAAUGUGAUGAAAUUAAAUAAAACCAAACGUAGAAGUGAGUUACCAGAAGCAUGCUAUAUGGCAUGUAAACGUGAUAAUGCCCCUCUGUCAGCCAUGCACAAACAAAAA